CAAGAGCUUAUUUGCAUUCGACAGACGUUCCCGAGGUACGCAAGUUUAACUUUUCAAAUGUCGUCCACUUUUUGGUGUAAAAGUGGAAGUGAUACCUUCUUCAUUAGUAAUAUCGUUAAAAGCCCCGGACUACGGAAAGAACGCGUCAGUUUGUAUAGCGCCUUUGCUCGUAGUGCUGCAAUAUGUCCGCUCAGGUAGAGCGGUGCCCGUGAGUUUAGGCGAGAGUCAGUCGAAAGUGAGCCCCACUGUGGCACAACACGCAGCAACAGCAGCGAGUGUGGCAGCCCAGGACGGGGACAGAAGACGACGGGACUUUCGAGCGGGGAGUGUGACGUCACGCGGUCGCUAUCAGGUGCAAAGAUCUUUUCUGAAAAAAAAAAAAAAAAAAAAAAAAAGCUGUCAUUUGUUCCAAAUCAGGAAGUGCGGAGGGAGCCAGACUAGCACACGAAAAAGUGACGACACUGAGCGGCUGUGUCUCCGCCGCGCGGGUGCUGGACAUGUCGCCCCCACCUGUUUCCGAGCCACUUCGGACCGGCCGGGUGAUGUCCGGGUGAGCCCCGCCACCGUCACCGCCACAAGCAGCAAUGAACCAGAAAGCGCAGCUGUCUGCCGCCAUCCGGGCGGAGGUGAAGCGGCACGAGGCCGUCCGGAGCAACCUGAGCAAACUUUUGAAACUGUUGGACCGGGUGAGCGAUGCGCCGCUGCAGAGCCGUCUCAAGAUGCAACUGCUCAGCAUCCAAGCUGCCUUUGUGAAUAACCAGGAGUGGACGCUGAGUCGCAGCAUAUCUGAGCUCCGCCUGGGAGUUGUGGGAAGCCUGCGUAGUGGAAAGUCGGCACUGGUCCAUCGAUUCCUCACUGGAAGCUACUUGCCACUGGAGUCACCCGAAGGAGGAAGAUUCAAGAAGGAGGUGGUGGUGGAGGGACAGAGCCACUUGCUGCUUAUCCGAGAGGAAGGAGGACCUCCCGAUGCACAGUUUGCUUCAUGGGUGGACGCCGUGAUCUUUGUCUUCAGCUUGGAGAAUGAGUCCAGCUUCCAGGAGGUCUUCCAGCAAUACACCCAGCUGACCCAACACCGAAGCAGCAGCGAGUUUGCAAUCAUAUUGGUGGGCACUCAGGACAGGAUCAGCGCUUCCAACCCUCGGGUGAUUGACGAUGGGCGCGCAGCGCAGCUCUGCGCAGACCUCAAACGCUGUGCCUACUUUGAGACCUGUGCCACCUAUGGGCUUAAUGUGGACCGCGUUUUUAAUGAAGCGGCUCAGAAAAUCGUGGCAAUCAAGAAACAGAGCGCGCUGAUGGCGGCCUGCAAGUCUCUCCCCAGCUCUCCGAGUCACUCGGCUGGAUCCACGCCCGUCUCCGGACAAAUGGCGAUGCAGACCAGCAAUGGAGGCCACACCAGUGACUACUUCUCCUCUCUGCCAUCAACUCCAAACAUCCCACACCGGGAGCUGCGGGGUGAGCCGGUGCCAGGCUCUGUGACCCCUGGGUCUCUGCACCGUGGCCCUCGCCGGAGGACGUCUCUCUUCACGAAUCGAAGGGGCAGCGACUCGGACAAGAGAAGCCUGGACAGUAAAGGUGACAACAUUGGCAUUGGCCGUGCCAUCCCCAUCAAGCAGAGCCUCUUAUUAAAGCGAAGCGGCAACUCACUGAACAAGGAGUGGAAGAAGAAAUACGUGACACUGUCGAACAACGGCAUCCUGUCGUACCACUCCAGCGUCCACGACUACAUGCAGAACUGCCACGGGAAGGAGAUCGACCUUCUGCGCACCACGGUCAAAGUGCCAGGGAAAAGGCCGCCACGUGCCAUCUCAACGUGUACGUCCUCAGCAGGCAUUAACGGGCUGGUCAAGGAUGUGUCAGGCACUUCUGUAUCAGACGCUUCUACCGCCUCCCUCGGAUCCAGCAGCUUGCCACCUCCGGAGGAGCCAUCUAAAAUAGAGAAGAGUCUCCAGCGGUGCCCGUCUUCCCUGUCCAGCAAGGGCUCGAUCUUUUCAGUGUCCAUGUCUGAAGGCAGUCCUGCAGCGGAGGGCAUUGGUAGCAGUGCCAGUGCCAAAGACCCACCCCAGUCCCAGCCUUCACCCAUGAUUGAAAGGAAGAAGCAGCGGAGGAAGAAGAGCAUGAACCUGAAGGGCGACACUGCAAUGGGCCAGGCAGAGGCUAAGCGCAAAAUGUGGAAAUUAAAAAGCUUUGGUAGCUUGAGAAACAUUUACAAAACAGAGGAGGAGACCUUUGAGUUUAUGAUCGUGUCCAGUACCGGGCAGACGUGGCACUUUGAAGCACAGAGUCUGGAGGAGAGGGACUCGUGGGUACAUGCCAUUGAGAGUCAGAUUCUGGCAAGUCUGCAGUCGUGUGAGAGCAGCAAGAACAAGGCCAAAAUGGACAGUCAAAGUGAGGCGGUCGCUCUGCAGGCCAUCAGAAACACAAAGGGCAAUCACUUCUGCGUGGACUGUGGAGCGCUGAAUCCCACCUGGGCCAGCCUCAACCUGGGGGCGCUGAUCUGCAUCGAAUGCUCGGGGAUCCACCGAAAUCUGGGUACACAUCUGUCCCGGGUGCGCUCACUGGAUCUGGACGACUGGCCAUUGGAGCUGACCCUCGUACUCAAUUCCAUCGGCAAUGAGAUGGUCAACAGCAUCUGGGAAAGAAACACACAGAGCCGCAGCAAGCCGAGCCCCGAGUCCUCUCGAGAGGAGCGGGAGGCAUGGAUCCGGGCGAAGUAUGAACAGAAGCUCUUCCUGGCUGCAUUGCCCCCAUCUGAGCUGCCAGUCCCGACGAGGCUUCUCAACGCCGUGCUGGACAGGAACCUCCAGGGUCUGUUGCUCCUGCUCGCUCACAGCCGGAAGGAAGAGAUCAAUGCCCCUCAGCCACGAGGAGACAAAGACCGGCGCUCUGCCCUGCAUGCUGCCUGCCAGCAGCCUGACGUGGUCAUGACUCAACUACUCAUAUGGUACGGCAGUGAUGUGAAGGCCCGGGAUGCCCAGGGACAGACAGCAUUGGCAUAUGCCCGCCGGGCAGGGAGCCAGGAAUGCAUAGAUAUUCUUGUCCAGCACGGCUGUCCCAACGAGGGCUUGCCCAUGCUCCCCACACCGAAACUCAGCCGCAAGAGUAGCUCCACGAGUAUCGGAAGAAGCAACUCCCGCCGGGGGAUCUCCUAGCCCAGUGACCUGCGUCCACUAGAAGAGGAGGAAGAGGAGGAGGAAGUGGAAAAGGAGGAGGAAGAGGAGGAGGAGGUCGGGACAUCAAGGUGCCCACAUGGACAAGUGAGCCGGGAGCAGUGCCCGUGCCCAGCCUGUCUCAUGGAGCCAGUGAGCAAUCUGUGUCCACUGAUGGCCUGCAGCCGGCCAGGACUUACCUAAGCAAUAGACGAGCAGCGAGGGACAGGGUAGAGAGCCGCGGCCAAGUGGACGCACCCCCCGGAGUAUUGGGGUGAGCUCUUUCAAAGGUGACGCGGAUGGCGCCGUUUCCCACCAGCUUAUUCAGUAUUCCGUCCAAAAGAAGAGCAUCCACCCAUUACAGUGACCCCUGUCCACUAAGACAUGUUCUUUCUUACAUGAGACCCUCAAUAUCUUGCCCAUCCCUGACCUCCCACUAGGACAUCUGCCCAUCCUCAGGUGACCCAAUGACCUUCCAGGAGGCACUCUUAUCAACUCUAGUGGCCACUGAGUCCCAUGUCGGCGCUAUACACUCUUCACAUCCUGUCCCCUUGGUGCCACUUGGUCGCCCAUCCUGCUAGCCCAAGAGACUCUGUGUCCAGCCUUCCAUCUCAGGAGUUCUCAAGUGCUCACUCGCAUGUUCUUUCAGUCCUUCUGCCCACCAUGCAGGUGCCAUUCUAACUGCCCGUGUGUGUCACCUCCAAUCAGGAGACUUGUAUCCACUCAGGUAGCCCAACUUCUCAAAGGGACGUGCGCCCACUCCUGGAGGUCCUCUGUCCAUCUUUUUCAAAGAGUUCAUGGCCGCAGUCUUCUGUCCAGUAGGUUCGCCUCCGCAUCCCGUCCAGUCCUUUUCGUCCACUCCCCCCUUCCCAGGAGGUCCUUGAUUGACACCUGGCUUUCCACUCCUCUCCUUCAUCUCAACAAGUGGGUCACCUGAGUCCUGGCAUCCUCUUGUGACACUACAAUGCAAGUCACUUCUGCAGAAAAUCCCAGUGGUCAGUGGGCUCAGCUGGACGCAGAACUGGACUGCCCCUCUGUGAUGUGGCAGCUUCAUGUAGUGGACACCUCACUUUGGACUUUUCAGAAUCCUCCCGUGUUUGAAAAGAGCGACGGCCGCACAGGGUGGGCGAGGGUGGAACUGCCUCUCCUUGCUAUAUGUCUGCGUCCUCAACGAUUGUGGCAGCAGCUCGCUGACCCUUUAAACCUUGCUGUGCUGAAGUGUCACCAUGUGGCUCAGGUGACCGGCUAAGUGGCUUUGCACCUUCACUGUGUUGAACAGGAGGGACGUUGGGACCUCCUGAGGUGGUGGCCACAUGCUGAAGAACGGUCACCGCGACGACGGGAAAGAGAGUGCACUUUAGGCUGAUGAGCAGGUCUGGAGGAGGCGGGGCUUGUGGAGGGCACUGGGCGACGUGGCCACGCCCCCUCCCUACUCGCGCAGUUACAGAGGUGUGCAGAUGUGGCUGUGCAGAAGCAGAUGGACACAUUUAUGAACACACACGUAUCGUACACAUAAACGCACACACAUUCACAUUUACACGCAUAGAAGAAACGGCAGAAGCGCGCAGACACGCACACACACUUGACUGCGCCCAUGCAGACACACAAUUGUAGACAUUUACACACACACUGCACACUCGUGACGAUGCACACACAUAUGCACACAGACAAACAGGUGACGUCAUUCUAACACACAAACGACCCAGUGACGCUCUCACACACACACAACCAACAACACCAGAUGAGGCUGCGCACCUGCAGGCACACAUUUAUGAACACGUGCACGCGCACACGCACACAAUCCCAGGCCCUGUACGGCCCACACACGCACACACACACACAGAGUUCUACACACCCGUGGUACCCGGAAGCCGCGCGCCGCCCUGCCCUGGUGUCAUUUGUUCCCGUGGUUUUGUCGUCCGUGCGUCCAGCUGGGUGUUCUUGACCGUCCGUGUCGGUGCGGGAGACGCUCGUCCUCCGGUUGUGCUGCUGUUCUGUCCAGUGUUUGACUGCCGUGUUUCCUACUUUUUGAUUUUGUACCGUUGUUACUUUUUUCGACUUCAAGUUGUAUAUCGGAGGG